UUUAGAGAGCCGUGGAAAGUGGCCAAGAGGCGUGAGAGCGCCGCCGCCGCUGACUAAUGGGAAGAGCGGUUGGUGUGAGGUGGGAGCAAGAGUGACAGCGAUUGGUUGGAUGAGCCUAAGCGCCUGAGGUGGGGGGCAGCGGUGGGGGUCCGGUGGAGUGAGGCGCAGCAAGAUGGCGGCCGAGACGGUGGAGCUCCACAAGCUGAAGAGCACUUCUUAAACUUUUGGAGGUCACAGAUAUCUUUGAAACUCUGAUGAAAGCUUGCUGAACUAAAGCAAGAAUGUCUUGCUCGUGGUUUAGAGACCAAGGGAAUAAAACAAGAUCUUAUAAAUAGGCUGCAGGCCUAUCUUGAAGACCAUGCAGAAGAAGAAGCAAAUGAAGAAGAUGUACUGGGAGAUGAAACUGAGGAAGAAGAACCAAAGCCCAUAGAACUGCCUGUUAAAGAGGAAGAACCUCCUGAAAAGGCUGUUGAUAUGGCAUCAGAAAAGAAGGUGGUAAAGAUUACAUCUGGAAUACCUCAGACUGAAAGAAUGCAGAAGAGGGCUGAACGAUUCAAUGUACCUGUAAGCCUGGAGAGUAAGAAGGCUGCCCGGGCGGCUAGGUUUGGAAUUUCUUCAGUUCCAACAAAAGGUUUAUCAUCUGACACCAAGCCUAUGGUUAACCUGGAUAAACUAAAGGAAAGAGCACAGAGAUUUGGUUUGAAUGUCUCUUCCAUCUCUAGAAAGUCUGAGGAUGAUGAGAAGCUGAAGAAACGGAAGGAGAGAUUUGGGAUUGUGACAAGUUCAGCUGGAACUGGAACCACAGAGGAUACAGAGGCAAAGAAAAGAAAAAGAGCAGAGCGUUUUGGAAUUGCAUAAUGAAAAAUUCGUGCUUUCUGCACCAUAGUGUUUUCCAUUUCUCAAAUUUUUCUUGGUUUUAUAUAUACAUACACACAGACACCCCUACCUACCUAUCUACCUACAUACACAGUCAUGUGCCUCACAGUGAGGAAGCAUGUACGUUUGGUACAUCCUUGAAUUCAGUAGCAGUUUUAUUUAACUGCUCUUCUGCGUUUAAGAUUGUUGUGGUUUUUGUUUUUAAUUAUUUUUGCUUAUUAAUAAAAAAGGAAGAAAAGAAAAUGUGUUUUAUUAGGUGUUCCUUUUAAGUUUCUAGAGUCUGAUUAGACCACAGAGGGAGUGUCAGUGGCAAAUAUUAAGGGGACUAAUUGUAAUGCCUUUAUCAUGUAGAAAAAGAAGAUAAAGAGGAUUGGGUCUACCAAUUAGGCCUAUUUAUUAUGUUCUUCAUACUCACAGAUAUGCUUUUAUUUUAUCCUUCAUAAAUGAGGCCAAGUCACCCCUAGUCUUUGCUUGGGUUGAAGCAGCCCAUUCUGAUGGAGAAAAGUCUUGGGGAUUUUAGGAAAUGUAAAGGAUAAAAUGUGGGGCUAAUGACUGACUGCCUUCUACUUUGAAUGAAGCCUAACUAUAUAAAGCAGAAUCCCUGUUUUUCCAAGGUGGCCUGACAUGGCCCUAUCUGUUGUAGCAGAAGUCACUAUGUGGGACCUAGCUCAAGAAGGUAAAUGGCUGGCCAAUCCUCAGGUCGAAGGAUAGAAAUCCAAGGCAUGGCUGGUAUCAGAGAUGUUAGGCAUUGUUGGGACAGAAGUGGAACAAGAUGCUUUGUGUGUGUGUGUGUGUGUGUGUGUGUGUACAUCUCAGUACUGAGGAUCAAGCCACAGGGCUUGUACAGUACUACUGCACAGUGGUCCCAACCUUGCUUCCACUUUGUAGUCAGGUUCUGUGCUAGUUUGUCCUCAACUCUUACAGUUACAGUGGUGGCAUAACAGUUUUGGAUAAGGUUCAAUUUCCUUACUGAGUCACCUCCUUAGGAAAGGUUUGGCUGUCUGAGCAGAUUGCUUGUUCUCUGUGUAGAUAUGAAAUAUGCCACUUGGCCUUUUUGAUGUGUUAAUACAAGUUCUUUCCCACAUACUUUCCUUUUAUUUUAUUUUUCUCUCCACGGUUUUUUGUUUUGUUUUAUUUGAGAAAAAGAGGUUUCACUGUAGCCUGUUUGGGACACGCUGUAUAGGCCAGGAGACCUUGAGUCUAAUCAGCCUUCUUGGCCUUCUUAGAGCUGUGAUUACAGACAAGCACCACCACAACUGCUUUGGCUUUCUUGUUUCAAUCUAUGUUUCAGUGUUAAUAAAUGCUUCCUCUGGAAGAUCUCGUCAUGAAAGUUCCCUGAUUUGAAAACUUGGAGCUGGACAUUGGUAACGCACUGGUAGAACCUUUAUUACAACCACUAGGGAGGCAAGGCAGGCAGAUCUCUGAGUUCAAAGUUAGCCUGGUCUACAGAGUGAGUUCCAUGACAGCCAGGGCACAACUGUAAUCACUGUACUCAUGGGACACAGGCAGUUUCAAGGCCAGCCAGCUGCUACAUAUUCUCUGACUCAUAAGAAAGGUAGAAACCGAAGUUUAGACACUUUAGAAAAACUUCUAUGGAGAAUAGAUGAAAGCUUGCCCACUUAUUGUGAAAUUUGUCUCCUCUGAGACUUUGGAAAAACUUAAUAGAAAAAGUUCAUUAAAGUUUUGUCACCUCAGCCAAAUGUUUAAUUGGAGUGACUUUCUUCCCAUCAGUCUGUGAGUCCCCUAGCCCCCUUUUUUACAUAAGACUAUACAACUUCCUCUCUAUAGUGUCUUCAUUUGAAAACAACC